AUGGAAAAGCAAAAGACUGCGCGGUCGCCGUUGCCGGUGCCUACGACGAAACCGACAGAUCCAACGGAAAUCGUGACGGACUUAAUCCAGUUGCCUGCGCCUACGACGAAACCGGCAGAUCCGACGGAAAUUGUGACGGACCCGAUCCAAUUGCCGGCGCCUACGACGAAACCGGCAGAUCCGGCGGAAAACGUGACGGUCCUCGACGACGGAAGUCCGUUAUCGGACAGCGCGUGCCCUAAUGCAAACGGAGUAAAAGAAUGCGAAAAACUUUCUGGAUACCGUGAGUGGGUUACCGUUCGAUUGCUUUUACCCGAGGACACUAAUCGCCGCGAAAAUCACGAAGAUAUUGAUAAUCGCGAUAAUCACUGCUUUAGCGAUGUCUUCCUUACAUGCACAUCGGCGAUCGUCAUUAUCUUAGCUUUACAUGUUAUCCGUGCAUACCAGUGA